AUGUCGGCGAAUCCAGGAAACAAAUUGAAUGCGUGGAAGCCUACGCCUCCAGAUAGAGGCUCGUUCCCAUUGGAUCACUUUGGUGACUGUACAGAGCAGAUGAAAAAGUAUCUAGCGUGUCUUAAGAUCGUCCGCAACGAAAAUGCGCCGAACUGCCGGUUGCUAGCUAAAGGUUACCUCGAAUGUCGGAUGCAAAACGAACUCAUGGACCGGGUUAAGUGGUCUGAGCUUGGUUUGCCCGAUGAUGCUAAGGUUGAUAAGAACGCUACCAAUGAAAAAUAG